AUGGAAGCUAGUGGUAGUGAACUAAAACGUCAAGCGGAAGACUAUACGUACAGCGCGGCUCUGAAAAAGGCUAAGCGUAUUACAGACUUACCACCACCCUCAAGCUUUUGCAAAGCACGCAAAUGGGAAAAGAGUCAGGAAAACGAUCCAAUCAUUUUCAAUCACAGACCUUACAGUGCAGACAUUCCUGUCACACUGUACCAUGAAGUUUUUGCUCACUUUCAGGAAAAUUGCACUAGCUGUCUUAUUUCAAAAGAUGAUUGUAAUUCUGUUAUCGAACUCACUAUGAAAAUGACAGAGGCUUUCAAAUUAGAGGAUGAUAGACGGAAUCAGUUUUCGGAGUGGGCGUCUGAUUAUUUCGAGCUUGACGUUACAAAAUUGGCACUCCCAGGACCUCGUCAGGAAGCUGAUCUUUGGGCAGGUUUCUCAAGUGGUAAAAAUACUUUCAGUCUCUUAAUUGGAGAAAUGAAAAAUGAAAUUGGUGAAGGGAGCGGAUGUCCAUAUAUACAGGCUUGUGCCUCAUAUGCCAAACAAAUUGGUACCAAUGCAAACAGUACAAUACAAAAUGGUCUCAAUCCAGCUUUUAUUAUUUACAUAGCUGGCCCAUACCUUGGUGUUGCGGGAGCAGUUUUUGGCAAUGAUUUUACAAUGGAGCCUCUCACUUCUAUGUUGCCUCUUCUAUAUUUAAAGAAUGCUCCAGAAAUGAUGAUGGUUAUUGUCCGCACUUUAGUGGCAUUAAAACUUGCUCUAAAAGAAUUGGUAGAUUAUUAUUCUACCCCUCAAGUAAUACCAGAUAUCAGUGAUCUUAAUCUUCAACGGUCAGCUGCCUUUCCUUAUCCUUGCUCAUUCAAGACAUUUGAUAACAGGAAUGUUGAGUUUAUUUACAGCAAUCAACUGUCUGAGGGCAAAUUGCUUUUUAUAGUGCAAGGUCAAAAUGAAGAGUUCAAAGAUAAAUUGAUGAUAGUGAAGUUUACCAGAAAAUAUUGUGAGGAUGCUCACCGAUAUUGUGCAGAAAAGGGAAUAGCUCCUGAGUGCUUUGCAUUCAAUAACCUUCCUGGGGGUUGGAAUAUUGUUGUAAUGGAAUACUUAGCUGAAUAUCAAAGUCUUUAUUACAUUCUAAAAAAUGACAGAAAAAACCAGAAGAAAUUAGUGCAGAAAGCCAAGGCUGCUGCAAGACUGAUGCACAAGGGAGGUUAUGUGCAUGGUGAUUUUCGUACUUCUAAUAUUAUGGUUUCAAAUGACAUGGAAGACAUGAAAAUUGUUGACUUUGAUUGGAGUGGGCGGGUAGGUGAGGCUUUAUACCCUUAUUUUAUGAGCCAAGAUGUGCCAUGGCACAAGGAUGUUGAUUGUGGUAAACCGAUCAUAGUGGAGCAUGACUUGGAUCUUUUAAAGAGGUCCAUGGAAUUUGAACCUUUCUAA